ACCAAAAAACUACCGACUGCCAAAAACUGAACUGGCUUGUUCAAGCGCACAGCAAGGAAUGGUCCGUUCAUGUCUUACAUUGUCGAUGUGAUUGCGACCAUUGCCCAGCAGGGUAGCUCCAAUCAAGUGUCGGGUCGAAUCUCCAUAAGAAUCAUCAUAUUCUCAUUACUGUUUCUUACACUUCUACUGUACAACUAUUAUACAUCAUCGGUGGUCGGAGGAUUGCUCAGUUCACCUGGAAAAGGUCCCUAUACGAUCAAAGAGUUUACAGACAGCCCAUUAACACUUUCAUUCCAUGAUAUUGGAUAUAAUAAAGUGCUGUUUGCCGAAUCCAAGGACCCAACUAUUCGUGAGAUGUACAGAAAAAAGGCGGAACCUUCUCGAGAGGGCAAAAACACCAUACCGGUCUAUGCGGAUGUUUCGACGGCCGUUCCUUACCUGAAGCAAGGUGGAUAUGCUUUCCAUUGCGAGUUUACCGAGGUGUUCGAAGAAAUUGCCAACCAGUUUGAUGCGUACGAAAUCUGCGAGUUGCGCACGGGAGCCAGCCUAUUUUCGGACCUGAAUAUAAUCGGCAUGAUUCUACCGAAAAGGAGCAUGUACUCGGAAAUUUUCAAGACUACACUGAUACGAGCACAGGAAAUUGGAUUGAUAAAGCGAAACCUUAGAAGGUAUAGACCGGAAAAACCAACCUGUCAGGCUGGAAGUCGAAUACAUCCCGUAGAGUUCCACAGCGUUCGAACAGCUUUCGCCAUUUUGGGUGUUGGAUUUGCAGCUUCAUUGGUAUUUUUUAGUUUCGAGCGUUUAUGGUUCAAUUCCAUUCUUAAGCGUGAGUCAAUGAAUUUUAUCCAAUGAAUUUUAAAGUAACAAAUUACAUUCUGUCAUUAAAGCAAGUAGACAUAAAUA